AUGGGUCUUUUCAAGCCUGCGACACGCGAGACAGGGGCGUCAGAGCCCAUUCUCACCCGCAUUGCACAGGAAGACAAGGUACCAUGGUACCGGAAACGAAAUUUGCGAUGCCUUUAUUUUAUGCUCUUCCCCACAUGUAUGGGAAUUGAAUUGACAUCUGGCUUUGACUCUCAAUUGAUCAAUGCUCUUCAAAUCGUUCCAUCCUGGAUUGAUUACUUCGACGAUCCACAAGGCUCCCUGAAAGGCAUCAUCGCUGCGGCGUACUCGCUCGGAGCUAUUCUCUCCCUGCCGUUUAUUCCAAUCGUGAAUGACAGAUUUGGAAGAAGAUGGUCAAUUUUUGGCGGUUCAGCCAUCAUGGUCAUUGGAGCUCUGAUUCAGGGCUUCUCUCGACAUGUCGGCAUGUAUAUCGCGGCCCGAAUCAUCCUGGGCUUUGGAAUUCCCACUUGCAUUGUUUCGGGUUCGUCCCUAAUUGGCGAACUGGGCUAUCCGAAAGAGCGGCCCGUUUUGACGUCGCUCUUCAAUGUCGCUUACUUUGUCGGCCAAAUCGCCGCUGCCGGAAUCACAUUUGGAACCAAUAGUAUUCCAAAUAAUUGGGGAUGGCGAAUCCCUUCACUUCUUCAGAUGGCGCCCUCUCUGCUCCAGAUUGCCUUUGUCUUCUUGCUCCCUGAGAGCCCUCGUUGGCUUAUUACCAAGGACCGCACCGAAGAAGCCUACGACAUCCUCGUGAAAUACCAUGCCGAAGGCGACCGCGAAUCUGAAUUCGUCCGCGCGGAAAUGGCUCAAAUGCAAACCACCAUCAGGCUGGAGCUCGAGGCGUCCAAAAGGUCCUGGCUCUCCGUCCUCCACAGCCCUGGAAAUCGUCGUCGGUUCUUCCUUUCCGGCUUCCUCGGUCUCUUCACUCAAUGGUCCGGCAAUACUCUCAUCUCGUACUAUCUCGGUGACCUCCUUGCGAUGAUCGGCCAUGACGACUCGACUUUCAAACAAAAAAUCAACCUGGGCAACUCAUGCUGGUCGCUCGUGAGUGGCUUUACCGCGGCAAUGCUGGUGACACGGUUCAAGCGCCGCACCAUGUACUUGACGUGCACCAUCAGCUUGCUCAUCGUCUACAUCUGCUGGACGGUGACAAUGCAACAAAGCAUCGUAGCCGGUGAAGCCGGGCGCAGUAACUCGGCGGCUGGCGCCGCAACCAUUUUCUUCAUCUUCGCCUACUCCCCUUGCUACAAUAUCGGCUACAACGCCUUGACCUAUACAUACCUGGUCGAGCUGUGGCCUUUCGCCGAACGAUCACGCGGUAUCGCGGUGUACCAGCUUUUCAGCCGUAUGGCCGGAUUCUUCACCACAUUCGUCAAUCCCAUCGGCCUGGACAGCAUUUCCUGGAAAUAUCUAAUCACCUAUUGUUGCUGGCUAGCGUUUGAAGUCUGUUUCGUCUGGUUCUUCUUCCCCGAGACGGCCAAUCGGACGCUCGAGGAAUUGGCUUUCUUGUUCGAGGACAAAGCCCUGGCAGACCAAGCUGUUGUGGCCGUCGAGAAAGUUGUGCAUCACGAAGACAUGGAUCCGGUCACUGUUGAUCCGAAGCACGUUGAGGUGGGCCAGGCUGAGCUCGUAGAGACGGUGUUGAACCAGGUUUCAAGCAAAGUCUAG